AUGGCACGCCCGUCAGUCUUGGGGCGGGGUGUCUCACGCCUGUGCUACACACUCGAGCUCCCCACUGGGCAGUACUACUUGCGAAGAAGCACAGUGACUCACAGACCUGUGCGACAACAAAGCACCGUGGCUGCUACUGCUGCUGCUACAGUCGAGGAUAACAGUCCUGAUCCGCCAUCAUCUAUACCAAAAGCAAGCCGAAGAUUCGAAGCCAUCAAAUCAGCAAAGCCCUUCUCCGACUUUCUAACCGACACCUUCCACCGCCAACAUGACUACCUCCGCAUCAGCAUCACCGAGAAAUGCAAUCUGCGCUGUUUAUACUGCAUGCCAGAGGAAGGUGUACCGCUCUCACCACCAGCCCACCUGCUUACAACACCAGAGAUCGUAUAUUUAUCGUCUCUGUUCGUGUCGCAGGGAGUCACCAAGAUCCGUCUGACCGGUGGCGAACCCACAGUCCGGAAAGAUCUGGUACCUAUGAUGCAGGCAAUAGGCGAUCUACGCAAAGACGGGCUGAAAGAACUAUGCCUAACGACGAACGGGAUAUCUCUACACCGGAAACUCGACGCAAUGGCCGAGGCGGGAUUGACGGGCGUCAAUCUCAGUCUGGAUACUCUCGACCCCUUCAAAUAUACCAUCAUGACGCGCCGGAACGGAUUUGAGGCGGUCAUGAAAAGCAUCAAUCGGAUCGAAGAGAUGAACCAUAAAUUCAACGCGGGCAUAAAACUUAAGAUCAAUUGCGUGGUUAUGCGAGGUUUGAACGAGCACGAAAUCGUCCCGUUCGUGGAGAUGGGGCGUGAGAAGGACAUUGAGGUUCGGUUUAUUGAAUAUAUGCCGUUCGACGGCAAUAAAUGGAGUGAACAGAAAAUGGUCCCGUAUCAGGAAAUGCUGGACAUUAUUCGGAAAAGUUACCCGGAGUUGGAAAAGGCGGCCGAUCACAAGAAUGAUACCAGCAAGACAUAUCGUGUGCCGGGAUUUCAGGGCAAAGUCGGCUUUAUCACUAGCAUGACGCACAACUUUUGCGGGACAUGUAAUCGUUUACGUAUCACGUCAGACGGCAAUCUAAAGGUCUGUCUACACGGAAAUGCAGAGGUGUCCCUCCGCGACCUGAUCCGCGAAGAGAAUAAUGGCCUGCCAAUCGACGACGAAGCCAUGAAAGCUCUAGACCUCCUCGAAUCCGGCCGUCUAGCAUCCCGCAUCCAAUCCGAAGAAAACCUACUUCAGCGCGAACGCAAGUUACUCGACGUAAUAGGACUAGCAGUCAAGCGCAAGAAGGCGAAACAUGCCGGAAUCGGGAAACUAGAGAAUAUGAAGAAUCGGCCUAUGAUAUUGAUUGAUAAUCCUAUCUUCAAUCGUACAAUAAUAAACAAUCUGAUACCAACCCAUCUGCUGCAUUCUACGCACCAAGUCCGAACAUACACCACCAAGCGACAACCUUCAACGCCUCCUCCUCCUCCUCCUCCUCCUCCAUCACCAAAGGAGCAUAUCGUCAAACCCAACCACCCAGUCUUACCACACCUCAACGCCGCCGGACACAUGCACAUGACCAACGUAGGCUCCAAACCCAGCACUCAACGUUACGCGCGCGCCGCUUGUCUGGUCUAUUUCACCAAUGACAUUACAUACACGACCCUCACCACUUCUUCUGAAUCCUCGACAGGCGGAAUGACGUUGGCAAAAGGGGAUGUAUUCGCCGCGGCACGGGUGGCGGGUAUAAUGGCCGCGAAGAAGACGCCUGAUAUUGUGCCGUUGUGUCAUCCGAGUAUUGGGGUUGAUAGUGUUAGUAUUGACAUUUCUCUAUAUCCGCCGACUAUUUCUUCGACUUCGUCGGAGGGAGGGGAAUACGGGGCUGUUGAGAUCGUGGCUACGGUUACAUGCGAGGGACGCACGGGCGUCGAGAUGGAGGCUAUGACGGCUGUAAUGGGGGCCGCGUUGACGGUGUAUGAUAUGUGCAAGGCUAAUGAUAAGGGGAUUGUGAUUGAGGGAGUGCGAUUGCUGGAGAAGAGGGGUGGGAAGAGUGGUGUUUGGAGAAGAAGCGAGUAG